AUGGCAGCUGUUGCUGAUUCGAUUGAAGCCGCGGAAAAGGAGAUCUUCAUCACAGACUGGCAACUUAAUCCACACAUCUUCAUGAAAAGGCCUGACUUGGGAGUCGAUAGUUUACUUUGGCGUCUGGAUAAAAUGUUGCUGAGAAAAGCUGAGCAAGGUGUUCGCACGUACAUAUUACUCUACUGGGAAUCGAAAAUCGCGGGUAUGGACCUUGGUAGUGAAUAUGCACAAACUGCUCUGCGUCAUGAUAACAUCGAGGUUCUUCGUCAUCCAGAUAUGAGUACCCUCUUGCUUAAUCCUUCCACCAUGUUCCGGUGGAGUCACCAUGAGAAAGUGGUGGUUGUUGAUCGAAGUGUAGCGUUCGUUGGGGGCAUUGAUCUUUGCUUUGGCCGAUGGGAUACUCACAGCCACCUGUUAACAGAUCCCUUUCCACCUCAUCGCUGUGUGUUGGAGAGUGAUGAGUAUGCUAGAAUUCCUCAGGAAUCUACAGUGCAAUAUUCACGCUGGAUAGGUAAGGACUAUGGUAACACCUUCCUUCAUGGUGCAAGAACUAACCUGGAUAAGCCGAUGAAGGAUGAUGUUGAUAGACGUAAAGAUCCUCGCAUGCUAUGGCAUGAUGUGGCUUGCUCAGUUUCUGGACCUCCUGCUCUUGAUGUUGCCACACACUUUAUUGAGAGAUACAAACAUCUCAAGCCACGUUACGGCUUUCAAGAUAUUCAACUGAAUACUGAACUUCAUCAGAUUUCAGAUCCAAGUGGUAGGAAUCUCACGAUACAAGUUCUCCGUUCAGUGGGCGAAUGGUCAGCCGGUCAGCCAAAGGAAACCUCUAUCUACAAUGCUUAUCUACACGCGAUUGAGAAUGCAGAGCAUUUUAUUUACAUCGAAAAUCAAUUUUUCAUCUCAUCUCACGGGAAUGUGUACAAUAAGGUAAUGUCAACGUUGGCUGACAGAAUUUAUCGUGCUCAUCAAGAAAGUCAGGAUUUCCGCGCAAUGGUCAUCAUACCAUUAAAGCCAGAGUUUCCAGAGAAAUGGGACACAGACGUUAAUUUAAGAUUUGUGAGCAACAAGACUUAUGCCACCAUCUACCGUGGGAAAAGAGUGUUUGAUGAACAGGCUGAAAGAAAAGGGAAUUCCAUCAGAAGCAAUACCUAA